AUGUUCUUCUCCAACACCCUCGCCAUUGCGGCAGCCAUCGUUGCGGUGUCAGCAGCACCUGUCGAGCCUCAGGUUAAAUCCACUGUUCUGCCAUUGAAGCACGUCUCAAAUGUUAAGUCAGCAAAGAGCCUCGUCAACAGAGGUCACCAACGUAUCAAUGCCAUUAACGGUGCCCACGCUAUUGGCCCAACUGCCGAUGCGAGCUCUGGCUCAGUCACGAACGAGGACGUCUCCUAUGUUGCCCCUGUUUCCAUCGGUGGGAAGACCUGGGAUCUCAUUGUUGACACUGGAUCCUCCAACACCUGGUGUGGCGCUCAGAGUGCAUGUGAACGUACUUCAACGGGCAAGUCCACUGGCAACUCCGUGUCCGUCAGCUACGGAAGCGGUUCUUUCUCCGGCACGGAGUACACAGACAAGGUCAGCUUCGGUGGCCUCACUGUCAACUCGCAGUCGAUUGGGGCUGCCUCGAAGGCCACCGGAUUUACAUCUGUUGAUGGCAUCUUCGGCUUCGGUCCGGUGGAUCUCACACAGAACACAGUGAGCAACACCAACACGGUUCCAACAUUCAUGGACAACCUAUACAACCAGGGCUCCAUCUCGACUGAAGUGCUCGGUGUUUCCUUCAGGCCCGAGUCUGGCAGCGAUACCAGCGACACCAACGGCGAGCUGACCCUCGGUGGUGUGGACAGCACAAAGUACUCGGGCUCGCUCACCUACUUCCCUCAKCUUCAGAGCGGUGCAGCCGCACCAUAUUGGGGUAUUUCCAUUGCAAGCCUCACAUAUGGCUCCACCACUCUUGCCACAUCUGCGACUGGUAUCGUCGACACUGGUACCACCCUCAUCUACAUCCCAACCUCUGCCUACAACAAGUUCCUGUCUGCCACUGGUGGCUCAACCGACAGCAACUCUGGCCUAGCUGCUUUCAGCACCAAGCCCACAUCCAACUUCGCAAUCAAGUUCGGCUCGACCAGUUACACUCUCACCCCUGCACAGUACCUCGUCCCAACUGCCCAGUACAGCGAAUUCGGACUGGCCUCCGGAAAGUACUAUGCAUGGAUCAACGACGGUGGCUCUUCCGGUGUCAACUGCAUUAUCGGACAGAAAUUCCUCGAGCAGUACUACUCCGUCUACGACACCACCAACAGCCGCAUCGGAUUCGCUACUGCUAGAUAG